CCAGAGAGCUCCCGAGCAGCGGUUCAUCAGCAAACUAUUGCAAACAUUGGGGGAAAGUGGUGUGGUCUUUUGGGUUCUGACAGCUUGAGGUGCUGGCGUAUGGACGCUGCCGCCCGCCGCCACACCCAGGGAUGGUCGCGGGAGAUGAUGAGCUACGUAGCAUUGCAGCCAAUUGCCUGUGUUCCACCGAGUAUCGCCUUAUCAUGCGCGCCGUUGGUUCCCUUGUUCUGGCGCCGGCUGAUGAUCUCAUCGAUCGGACCCGUCGUCUUCGUCUUCGCCUUCGCCUUCGCCUUCGCCUUCGUGUUACAGCGCUUCAUCAGCCUGUCUGGUAUCCGAAUACUUUGCCUUUUAACCUUGUUCCUUUUCGACCUUGUUUCAUCCGGCCACCCAAUCCAGGCCCUUGCAUUUGGUAUUUCAUUCAGGCAGACAAUACGUCCUCUGCCGGGUGUAGUCGGCGGCCUCGUGGCUCUGGCUGUUGGUGGUUGCUUGUUCGCAAUCCGGUUCGUAACCCGAAUACGAAUACUAAUACCGUGGUGCGGACACCCUCCACCGUGGUCCUCCACGUCCUACGAUCCAUCAUCCACCGAACCGCCCAACCACAACCGUCGGCAGUCUAUUCUACGCCUCGCUCGAACAGUGUGAGACGUCGAAUCAAGCCAGGUUUCACCCUCGCCGGCCGGGCAGACGUCGACUUAUCGCUAGGCCGUUGGCGACCUCCGCCCCGGCCACAUCGCGCCGCUCUCUCGGCUCCCCAGCUUCCGGGCCUGUCCGUGUGGUGUGAUGCCAUCGCCCGUGCUGUGCCGACGUAAUUGAUCUCCGUAUCCGUACCGUCGGUCUGGGCUGAUGGCGAGUACCCCACACGCACAACCCGCCUCCGCACAAUAUCCGCUGCGAGCUGCACACUGCGAAUGUGAAAGUCUGGGACUGGCCUGCACAGUUCACGUCGCCACCAGCCUCCAGUCACGCAACACACCACUCCCGGUAAACCCACCAGGGCCACCACCCAUUCCAGCCCGAUCUGCCGCCCGUGGUCCCGUGCUUCCGCGCCCUCGGCCGAGUUGA